AUGUCUCUCGACGAUGUCGCUGCUGUCGUGCUUGACAAUGGAUCCGGCAUGUGCAAGGCUGGGUUCGCUGGCGAUGACGCACCUCGCGCCGUGUUUCCAUCAAUCGUUGGCCGUCCUCGCCACCAAGUCGGCAUGAUUGGAAUGGGAUACAAAGACGCAUUCGUUGGAGACGAAGCUCAGGCCAAGCGUGGAGUUCUGACCCUUAAAUACCCUAUUGAACAUGGGAUUGUCACAAACUGGGAUGAUAUGGAGAAGAUCUGGCACCACACUUUCUACAACGAGCUUCGCGUUGCGCCUGAGGAGCAUCCGAUUCUCUUGACGGAAGCCCCUAUGAACCCGAAGGCCAACCGCGAAAAGAUGACCCAAAUUAUGUUUGAAACAUUCAAUGUUCCGGCCUUCUACGUAUCUAUUCAAGCAGUACUCUCUCUUUAUGCAUCUGGACGCACGACUGGUGUUGUUCUCGAUUCAGGAGACGGUGUCACCCACGUUGUUCCUAUUUAUGAAGGAUUUUCUCUUCCCCACGCUAUCAAGAGACUUGAUCUCGCAGGACGUGACCUGACCGAGGCACUCACUCGCAUCCUAGCAGAACGUGGAUACUCCUUCACGACAACUGCAGAAAAGGAAAUUGUCCGCGAUAUCAAGGAGAAGCUGUGCUAUGUCGCAUUGGACUUUGAACAGGAGCUCCAGGUCUCUGCAUCGAGUUCUUCCUUGGAGAAGAACUACGAGCUCCCUGACGGCCAGGUUAUCACCAUUGGGAACGAGCGAUUCCGCUGUCCAGAAGCUCUUUUCCAGCCUUCCCUUGUUGGUCGCGAGGAUGCGGGGAUUCAUGAGACUCUGUACAACUCUAUCAUGGCCUGUGAUAUAGACAUCAGGAGCGACCUCUACACAAACGUCGUCCUCAGUGGUGGCACAACCAUGUAUAGCGGUAUUGCUGAUCGCUUGACCAAGGAGUUGACAUCACUUGCCCCAGCAAGUAUGAGGGUCCGCGUUUCUGCUCCUCCUGAGCGCAAGUACUCAGUGUGGAUCGGAGGCAGUAUUCUUGCCAGCUUGAGUACCUUCCAGAAUCUCUGGGUCUCCAAGCAAGAAUACGACGAAAGCGGACCCGCUAUUGUCCAUCGCACUUUUGGCUCUACGCAAAACUAUGGACCGGGAUGUGGCUCGUGCUACCGCCUGAAACCACUUAAUACGUUCUUGUCGAGUCCACCAUGGUACCCUCCAGCUAGUGAGGUUUCCUCUGUGGUCAUCAAAGUCACAGACCUAUGUCCCAAAUGGUCUGCGUGGUGUGAAGCAACCGAAGAUACCCCAAACAGGGCAGGAAAUUAUUUAAAUUUCGAUUUAGCAUACCCCUCUGCUGCUAUACCAGAGAGUUUCUUCCCUUCUAAUGUAACUUAUUACGGAUACGCGGAUUUCGGGGUGUGGAACGCCAGUUACGAAGCGGUCUCCUGUUCUGAGUGGGCGGGCUGGAACGAUGCUGCCGCACUAGGCAGUGUAACCAAUCUUGGUGAUAGCGUCUGCUGUCCCGCUGAUACCAAUAAUGUGACUUGUCCAUCCUUUUCAGAGCAACACGGGGACCCAGUUCCACCCACUGGCUCAGAAGGCUCCGCACCCAUUCUUGCGUCCAUUCCACUCAUGACUUUAAUGGUCUCGACGUUCACCACGGCGGUGUUGCUCUCUGCUCUAUAG